AUGCCGCGUGUAAAGAAUGUUAUGUCAAAGGUGUAUAAAAGUCCGCGACGUCCAUUCGAGAAGGAACGUCUUGAUCAGGAAUUGAAACUAAUUGGAGAGUUCGGUUUACGUAAUAAGCGCGAAGUGUGGCGUGUGAAGUACACACUAGCAAAAAUUAGAAAAGCUGCUCGGACAUUGCUUACGCUUGAGGAGAAGGAUCCAAGACGUUUGUUUGAAGGUAAUGCAUUGUUACGACGACUUGUUCGAAUUGGUGUAUUAAGCGAAGAUCGCAUGAAGCUCGAUUAUGUUUUGGGUUUACGAGUUGAGGAUUUCUUAGAGCGUCGUUUGCAAACUCAAGUUUUCAAACUCGGUUUAGCUAAAUCGAUUCAUCAUGCUCGUGUUUUGAUCAGGCAAAAGCAUAUUCGCGUUCGACGUCAAAUUGUGAAUGUACCAUCGUUUAUUGUUCGCUUGGAUUCACAAAAGCACAUUGACUUCUCAUUAAAAUCACCUUUCGGCGGUGGCCGUGCAGGACGAGUGAAAAGGCGUAAUGCAAAGAAAGGCGUCAGUGGUGAAGAUGAAGUUAGUGAUGGAGAGGAAUAG